UGCAUGUAUUUCUCCCUAAAUGAAGCAUCAACAACAAGGUGAAGGCUCACAGCUUGAAGACAUUUCUACGACAACUUUGGUUAAGACUUAUUUAAAUUAAGUGUUUAUUUAAUUUUUAAACAGCCUCUAUAAAAGUGUGUCUUUCCCCACUCCCGACUCAUUUGUUUGAUAUGAAAUUCAUUUUAAUUAGAGGUUGCAAUAAAUAAAGCAAUGUAAGACUCCAGGACGCACAGCAGUCUGUCACACUCCCACAAAGUAUUCCUUUCCAAAGCAUACACACCCAUAGAGGCAGGCGCUCACACACACACGUAGACUCACACAGGCGCACGCACACGGUCUGAAAAUCUGUCAAUUUCUGCCGCGUGAUCACGUGACCCUCCUCCUCAGUGGAGUGGAUGGAGAUGGCUCUCCACGUCAGCUUACGUCUCCAAAUUUCUGCUUAGCGAACCUGCUUCAAAGAGCCAAGAGGCACGGCGCUUCAGAGCCAUGUUCAGGGCGGCUAUAGAGGAAUCCAAACCCAACCAAGAGACUUAGGAGCGGCUGGACUACGAUGAUGGAUUUCGACGAAAGGGUUCCCGUCGGAUCGAACAUGUAUUUACCCAGUUGCACUUAUUACGUGUCGGCGGGGGCAGAUUUCUCUGGUUUGCCCUCAUUUCUGUCCCAGACCCCCUCCAGCCGCCCCAUGACAUACUCGUAUUCCUCUAACCUGCCGCAGGUUCAGCCCGUCAGAGAAGUGACAUUCAGGGACUACGCAGCCAUUGAUGCGUCGGGUAAAUGGCCGCACCGGGGGAACUUGCCCCAGUGUUACCCGAGCGCGGAGGACAUGGUGCACCGGGACUGUCUUUCGGCGCAAACCACCGUCGUUGGAGAUAUGUUUGGUAAAAACAGCCCAGCGGCCGCCGCCGCCGCCUACCACCACCACCACCAUCACCACCACCACACAGGCACGGGCUCCGCAGCCAGCAACUUCUACGGCAACGUGGGCAGAAAUGGCGUGCUGCCGCAAGCCUUCGACCAGUUUUACGAGACGGCGUACGGAAACGCGUCGGAGAGCUCCUCCACAAGUGCCUUCUCAGGGGACAAAACGGGGGCCAAGCAGCCAAGCUCAGCGCCGGAGCAAGCCCCUUCUUGCCGUGAUUCCGACGCAAAGGAGCAGCGGGAUGAAACGAGCAGCCCCGAGUUAUCUUCCGGCAACAAUGAGGAGAAAUCCAGCAGCAGCAGUGGACAGAGAACCCGCAAAAAAAGGUGUCCUUACUCUAAAUAUCAGAUCAGAGAACUGGAAAGAGAAUUCUUUUUCAGCGUGUACAUAAACAAGGAGAAAAGGCUGCAAUUGUCGCGGAUGCUCAACCUCACCGACCGACAAGUAAAGAUUUGGUUUCAGAACCGUCGAAUGAAGGAGAAGAAACUGAACAGAGACAGAUUACAGUAUUACACGUCUAAUCCUCUGCUUUAGGAGCAGCCCCCGCUCCAGCUCCACUUGUGUCCAGCUGUGGGACUAUGUUUCCAGACUGUAGCUUUCUCUGUACACCACAACACUGCUCCGUGGUUAAUUUCAAGUUCGAGGACAGCAGUGUCGCGCUGAUAUGAAAUACCUUGAACUGACGCAGUCUUUGGACUCUGAUUGCGCUCUUCCUUUUGGGGAAAAUGUACGUCCUCCUCAAAACUUUGUAUCUCCAAAGGCCCAUGUUAAUGUUGGGACUCAGAGACAUUUAUUUUCUUUUAACGCGGGCAAAAAAAGACCAGUCACUGAUUGACUGCUUUUGUGUAUUUUGUAAUCAAAAGAUUUAUGCGUUUCUUCGUUGUUAGAUUACAAAAAGUGCAGGACUCGAUUUUUUGGCGAUGAUAUUUUGCAGGCUAAUCAGAUUUACCUUGGUGUGACCAAAAAUGAGUAAGUGCUGAUAAAAGUGACAUGUUUCUGUUUUUUUUCAUGCCUAUUUAUGUGAAAGUCUGACGUUUACCGUCUCAUUUGAUGCCACGGCGUUUUAAGUCACUUUUGCUGGCAGGCUGUUGAGGUUCUGCUGACCUUAAAAACAAACUUUUGUUCUCUCCUGUCGCCUGCAGAACGAGGACUGAUUCUUUCUGUAUUUUGCGUAUCUUUGGGCGCUCAAAUCCGCAGGUUUUCCCCAUCUCUCAGAGUUGAUCACGCAAGACAAACCAGAGACAUAAGCUUGUCCGCAUAGUGAGCUACACACCCAGCACAUUCACACAGGUGUAGCCCGAAAUAUGCAGCGGACAUCUUAGAAAUAAUUUUAAGCUUUCCACAAUUCACAAAUCGUGCUCUAAAAUGCAAAAAAAGAAAAUCUAAAGUUCUUAGAUGUCAGGUCUGGUCAGGGUCAUCGCAUUGAAUCAAUGAUAUGCCCAAAACAAUUGUGUAUCAUCUUGUGUUUACAAAUAAAAUCAAAAGAAACGAUUACUGAAAAACAG